AUGCCAGAACUCAAAGAUCAUGACUACUUGAGCACAUCCUCAAAUGACGUGGAUUUGUCGAUUCCUGGAUUUCCGGAAAUUCCACAAAAUUCAAAUGAUGAGAUAGUAAAUCAACUUCUGGGCAUGCUCAAAUACAAUUCCAAUUGGAAUCCGGAUUUUUCUUCAACGUCAUCUUCAAAUAUUACUUCUUCUGAAGCUUCUGUAGAGCCAUCGCCGAGUCCGGAGCUGGAAGCCGAGACCUGGAAGGAGCAGGAAGUUUCGAAAAAGGAGAAUUUUUUGAAAUUUGGGAUUUCUGAACAAAAACUGGAUCUGUAUAAGGACCCGGCUCCUGAAAAUCUGGAAUUUGUCCAGCCAAGCUUCUUUGAUAUUUUGGCUCAACAAAAUAAUACACCCGUUCCUAAAAAUUUUAAUUCGAAAAUUGAGAAUCGAGAAUUUCUUGACAUUCCAUCGCCCCAAAAUUCGGACCCAUACAAGGAUCUGCUUUGCAAUCGGUGUAUUUCAAACUCUGAAUCCAUGGACUGUCGAGCUGAUCUUCAUAGCCAAUGUUUCUUUUCUCUGAUAGUAUGCACAAUUCUUCGUGACCUGGACUAA